AUGCUGGGCCCACGUGUUGUUGGUGCUUGUUCUCGCUUGGUAGCCGCAUCACCAUCAUUACUAACUUCUGGUGGGUCCCGUCGCCAUUCCCACACUAUUUGGUAUCCUGAUGCUCAGUUCGAAAGACAGUUUAAGACCGGUGGAACUCUUGGUCGUCUCUGGAUGUCUGACAAGACUUCAGAAUAUGACGAGCAGAUUGGACUUGAUAAGUUCGAGAAGUUAAUGCAACAAGAACCUGUUUUAUCGGAUACUUUCGAUGGAAAACACCGUGAAAAAAGUUUAGAAAACAUGAUUCUGAACUUCGGACCUCAACAUCCUGCUGCUCACGGUGUACUUCGUCUUGUUCUGAAGUUGGAAGGAGAAGUCAUUAUCAAGGCUAUCCCUCAUAUUGGAUUACUGCAUCGUGCUACAGAAAAAUUGAUUGAGCACAAAACUUAUACACAGGCUUUGCCAUAUUUUGAUCGUCUUGAUUAUGUAUCUAUGAUGUGUAAUGAACAAGCUUGGUCUUUGGCUGUUGAAAAGCUUCUUGGCAUUGAUAUCCCACCCCGAGCGAAAUAUAUCAGAACUUUGUUCGGUGAACUCACUCGUAUUCAAAAUCAUAUUAUGGGUAUCACUACUCACGCUUUGGAUAUUGGUGCUAUGACUCCUUUCUUCUGGAUGUUCGAAGAACGUGAAAAAUUGUUUGAAUUUUCUGAACGUGCCUCUGGUGCACGUAUGCAUGCCAAUUAUGUUAGACCUGGAGGAGUUGCUUGGGAUUUACCAAUUGGACUGAUGGAUGAUAUUUAUGAUUGGGCUAUGAAGUUCCCAGAACGUAUCGACGAGCUCGAGGAUAUGCUCACUGAGAACAGAAUCUGGAAAGCUAGAACAAUUGAUAUCGGACUCGUUUCUGCCGCUGAUGCUCUCAAUUGGGGUUUCUCUGGAGUUAUGGUUCGUGGAUCCGGCAUUAAGCAAGACGUCCGAAAAACCCAGCCUUAUGAUGCUUAUGAUAAGGUUGAAUUUGAUGUACCUAUUGGAACUAAAGGAGAUUGUUACGACAGAUAUUUGUGUCGUGUUGAAGAAAUGAGACAAUCACUCAGAAUUAUUCUUCAAUGCUUGAACCAAAUGCCAGCUGGUGAGAUUAAGGUUGAUGAUCACAAAGUUGUCCCCCCCAAGAGAGGAGAAAUGAAGGAGUCUAUGGAAUCUCUGAUUCAUCACUUCAAAUUCUUCACCGAAGGUUUCCAAGUACCCCCUGGUGCCACAUACGUACCCAUUGAAGCUCCUAAGGGAGAAUUCGGUGUUUACCUUGUUGCCGACGGAACCAGCAAGCCUUAUAGAUGUUUCAUCCGUGCUCCAGGUUUCCCUCACUUGGCAGCUAUCAAUGACGUUUGUUACAUGGCUCUCAUCGCUGAUGUUGUCGCUGUUAUCGGUACUAUGGAUAUUGUAUUCGGAGAAGUUGAUCGAUAG